GGCUGGAUGCGGCGGUUCGCAUUGUAUUCUCUGCGCCCGUGUUUAUUAUGGAACUGCCUGUCAAUAAAUAUAGUUUGUUGUAUUGAACGUUACCUGACGGUGUCUGUCUCCCUAUGUUCAGCGCCUUUGAGCCAAGGCGUUUGUGACAUUUGGGGGCUCGUCCGGGAUCAGAAGAUCCGGUAACUGUCUGUGUUUAAGGCCCAUGUUGGCUGUGAUAGCGACGUGCGGUAAAUUAGACUAGGCUACUUGGAGUUCCAUGGCCUGUUGUGGCGUGGGGUUCCGGAGACGGAGUCUGGACCGGUGGUCACCGCUGCAGAGUAAGGCUGCAUCGACUUUGGUCGGGAUGGCUGGCAUCUGACGAUAUUGGUGGGUGUGCAUUUCUUUUGUUGACUAAUCCACGGUUCUUGGACUCCGUCAGAAGAUAGGUGAGUUUAGGCGGGGGGUAAUUGUUUAGGGGGACGCUCUGUAAUUGGUUUUCCCUACUGUGCUAGCCGCGUUGAACCUUGUUUGGAUCGUAUUUCUUUUUCGUUUGGUUAUGGAAGGUUGGUUAUGAGCGCAUUGGAUGCAUUUUGGGAAGCUCCAUUGGAGAGCUUGUUGUUAACACUAACGGUUCAGCAGUUAAUAGAGGUUGCAGAACGGUAUUCCAUUGAGAUUACGUUGCCGAAAACUGCCAGGAAGGACUGUUUGGUAGAUUUGAUUUGUGAGAGUUUAAAGGUAAAAGACGUGUUGCCCUUCUUUUGUUAUCCGAUUGUUGAUCCAGUUAUGGAGCAGUCGCCCGGUCAGAAAUCUGAAUCCGCUAUGGCUUAUAGUGUGCUUACUUUUAAGGAGCAAAAAGUUAUUUUGCAAAUGCAACUCGAGCAGAAGAGAUUUGACGCGGUGGAAAGGGAGCAGGAACGUUUGUUGGAGCAGGAUAGAUUACAGUUGGAACGUCUUCGCCUGGACCUGAUGGCGGAGGCGAAAUAUGGGAAUUCCAAGCAGCCAUCGAAUCUAGCGAGUAUGGUUAAGUUUCUCCCUAAGUUCAAUGAGAGGGACCCAGAUGUUUCUUUUUCCCUGUUUGAAAGUGUCGCUAGUGAUCUGGAGUGGACUGGUGAGGACCAAGUUUUAUUGUUGCAGACUGCCUUGUACGGGAAAUCUCAAGAAGCAUAUGUCGCUCUGUCCGCAACCGAUCUGAAGAGUUAUAAAACUGUUGAGGAGGCGGUGCUGAAAGCGUACAAGCUUGUCCCUGAGGCUUACCGACAGCGUUUUUGGAAUCACGAAAAGUCGGAAAAACAAACAUAUACUGAGGCAGCCAGGGAGCAGUCCAGUUUGUUCCACCGUUGGCUUGCAGCUGAGGCUGUUGAUGAUUUCGAUUUGUUGUGUAAUUUAAUGAUUGUGGAGCAGUUCAAAAACAUCUUGCCCGAAAGGGUGGCUACCUAUGUAAACGAACAUAGAGUAAAAACUGUCUCUGAGGCCAGUUCUCUUGCCGUUGGCUAUGUCUUGACACACAAGAGUUACCUGCGUGAGUUUUCUCCACGCAAAGACUAUUAUCGGUGAGAGCAGCAACCAGCUUUCCAGCGACGCUCUAGUCAGGGUAACACAGGACCUCCCGUGAGGUUUAAUUUCGGAUCUGGCGGAAAAAAUAAAGAUGGUCAUUUUGACAAUACUUGCCGUGAGUGCCACAAGCCAGGGCACUUCAGACGUGAUUGUCCUGAUUCGGCCCGUAAACAGCCUACGACCAGCACAAGAGAGGUUGGUUGUGUGUCCUCGGUUAGGUUUGGUCACAAGAAAAGUGUGAAUGCAGGUACGGGCGAACUGUUACGUUCCGGGUGUUCUACUCUAUCAGGCGAAGAUGAAAGCUUGUGUGUGGUGCCUAGGACUGUUCCUGACGCUGUUUAUGCUCCUUUUGUUAGUGAUGGGUUUGUGUCGUUGGUUGGUGACUCUCAGAGAGUGCCAGUCAAAAUAUUGCACUGGAGCCUCAGAAAGUUUAAUCCGUCAGGCUGUGCUCGCCUUUUCCUCAGCCUCAGACACUGGUGGUACGGUCUUGAUUCGAGGAAUUGGGUUGCAUUCGUUUCCUGUACCUCUGCAUAGGGUCGACCUAGAUCCGGUUUCGUAAACGGAGAAGUGACGAUCGCUGUUCGUCCUUCGCUGCCUGUGGAUGGCAUUGAUUUGAUUUUGGGCAAUAGUUUGGGACAUGGUUCUGUUUUUCCUUUUCAAUCUCCGCCACCGCCUGUGGUCAGUAGGCCUACAGGAGUGGAACUGUCAAUUGAGUCUGACAAGUGUUCUGAGGAGUUCUCGGAGGUGUUCACUGCCUGCGCGGUGACUCGUGCUGUGGCUCGUGCGCAGGUAGAGGAUUCAUCUGGUGUUCCUGUGACGUUGGCGAAAAUGUUCAUUCCAGAGUUACCAGCGCCAUUAUCUGUGGAUAAGGUCAUUGAGGUUCAGAAAGAGGACACCACCUUGGAAAGGUAUUUUGCGAUGAUUGUGGAUAAUCAGGGUGUGGAGCAUGACUAUUUUGUCCAAGAUGGGUUGCUGCUUCGCAGGUGGUUGCCUCUUGCAGGUACUGCGUCCGGUCAAGUGGUGCAGGUGGUAAUGCCUGAGAAGUAUCGUGAUCUAGUGUUGAAGGCCACUCAUGGGGAAACUUCCGGACAUUUUGGGGUAAAGAAAACGUAUAACCAUGUGUUGCAGCAUUUUUACUGGCCUCGCAUCAAACGGGAUGUUGCGAGAUUUAUCAGAUCGUGUCAUGUUUGCCAGGUCGCGGGGAAGCCCAAUGAGACAAUUAGACCUGCACCAUUGAGGCCUAUCCAAUCUGUUGGUACUCCUUUUGAGCACCUGAUCAUUGACUGUGUUGGGCCCCUGCCAAAGUCAAAGUCUGGCAUUGAGUUGAAGCGAGAUUGGGCAGAGGGUUUACCAUGGCUCUUGCUGGCGGCACGGGCAGUCGUGCUGGAAAGUACGGGAUUUAGUCCUAGUGACCUCGUCUUUGGUCACAAGGUACGUCCACCUCUGUCUGUCUUGGGCAGUGAGUUGGGCGGUACAGAACCACCAGAGAGCUUCGCCGACCAUGUUCAAGGUUUUCGUCGCAAGCUGUUCCUUGCAUGGAAGAUGGCGAGCGAAAAUCUGGGUCGUGCUCUUAGGAGAAUGAUGACACCGUAUGACCGUGGCCAGGAAAAUGUAAUGGAGUGAGGGUGAAUGUCUGUCUGUCUGUCUCAUGUCAUGUUCCGCUUCAGGUGUCCCGUGUAUCCAGGCGCCGGAUAUGUGGGAGAGUGGAGGCGGUAAUAAGGUUGUGAGUAUGACUGUUUGUGGAGUGUUUGGCUGUUGGUUUGGUGUGCAUUUGUGCAACAUGUGUGUGUCUUCCUCUAGGCCUAUGUGUGUUAUUAAAAAUAUGUUUUUUUUAUGGGUUUAUAUGGGCAAGGAUAAAAUAACUUGUGGUGAUUGGUAUUUUGUAAUGUUUUUCCCAGAAGCCAAUGAGGUGGGCUCCUGUCUUUUGGGGGGGAGUGAUGUGACGCCCCGCUCUGUUCCUUGGCCGCUAGGCCUAUUCCUCCCUCUGCCUGUAGGGUAUAGGAAUAGGCUUGUAUAUUGUUUAUGUAUUGUACUGUUCCCUUUGGCCUGCAGGAGGAGCUUGAGUGUUCCCGGCGUAACGAGGGAAUUGCACGCAGCCGUGUUCUGGCUGCCGGGAUAAGGGCAAUGUCCUGUGGCCCCAUUCUCUCUCUCUAGACGCGGGUUGACGGCUGGAUGCGGCGGUUCGCAUUGUAUUCUCUGCGCCCGUGUUUAUUAUGGAACUGCCUGUCAAUAAAUAUAGUUUGUUGUAUUGAACGUUACCUGACGGUGUCUGUCUCCCUAUGUUCAGCGCCUUUGAGCCAAGGCGUUUGUGACAAUUGCAUUGAUGAGCUUUGAUUGGCCCAAUGAGCUACUGCUGAAUGAGCAUGAGACCCCGGUUGAUUGGUUGGCUAGCGAUGUUGGAGCUUAUAACAUGUACCAGCUGAAAAAUGUUACAUAAAACUUCAUAAGAAAGCCUCCGUCUGAGCUAUUCUAAAUGGUUUCAGAAGUAAAACGUCUACGUCGUACUACACGUGAUUAGUGGAAUGUUUUCUGGAAUUGGACCUUAAAUAUUUGAUGGUGAUUCCGACUUUUCGGGGGGCGCAAAGAAGAGGACAUGGCUGAUGGAUUUCGGCGUCCUGAUCCGCUGGUGUUCAAUGAGAAAUCGUGGAUAAGUGGCAAGCAUUCGAACAGGAAUAUGACAUCUUCAUAGCUGUAGCUUACAGUGACAAGCCAGAUCGGACGAAAGCCUACAUACUCCUCAAUCUAGCGGGAAGCGAGGCUAUCGAGAGAGAACGCACUUUUACCUAGGCUGUGGCUCAGCUGGACGAUGAUGGCGACGUGGUCCGCCCAGCUGAAUUGCGGGAGAAUCCAGAGUGUUUGAAACAAAAGUUCAGGGACAUUUGCAAUCCACAAACGAACAUCACGAUGGAGAGACAUUCUUUUAUUGUGAGUAAGAAUUAAAAAUAAACUAAUAGCCUAAUAUUACUGCCUGCAACACUCAUCAUAUGAUGUCGGGCUAAUUCAAAUAGCCUAUGUGCAAUGGAAACACCAACUCUGCAAAGUCAAAAAUUUCAAAGGACAGGUUCGACAUUAUAGGGAAGUUAUUUCUUCCAUAUUUUAUUUUAACAAUCUAACAACAAUUUAACAACAGGCUUAGCGAGUGCAUUGCCAAUACAUGAAAAGUAGAAAUACAUGUCAUCAAUAAAGCAGACCUUCGAUUUGGAACUUGGCCCGACGAUGUGUGCAAAUCUCUCAAUAACAACACUUUUGAAAUCAGGUAUUUCUCAAUAACAGCUGUUUAAAUCAGGUAUGAAAUCAGGUACAAUUUUCUGCUGAAAUAAAUAAAUAAAUAGGCUUCAAUGCCGAAAGAUACAGGCGGAGUAACAACAUUCCUAGAAUAUGACCAUGGGGCAGACUACUUUACGACCAUAUGGGCGUCUUAUAGCGCGGAUUGCAAUUCUUAUUGCAGCCUGAAGGGUUAUGCGAGAAACAUAUGGAGGGACGCGGUCGUUGAGCUCCCCUGCCCCACAUUGCAUGACACGUUAAACUCAACUAGAAUCGCCACCAUCAAUUUGAUAUCAACAGACCAAAAAUAGUCGGAAAGCCUACAGAAACUAUAGAUAGAUAAUGUGCAAUCACAUCAUUAAAAAUAUAAACGAUUUACUGAGGAAAAAUUUUUUUUGGGAGCAUGCUUUUGCAGGAAGUUCGCCGCCCCACCUGCCCAUAUUGACGGCACGCGUCUGCUUUCAACACAAGUUCGAUCUGACGUUGUUCUACAAGAAAGGCAAAGAGCUCUACCUGGCAGACACGCUGUCACGUGCACCAAGAGAGACCACAACACCUCACAGAGCAGGAAGACCUCGAGGUGAUGGCAGUACAGCGCAUCUCAUCCUCUCGCCAGGAUGAGCUACACAACCACACAAUGGAAGAUGUGACUUUACAAACACUGACUAACAUCAUCAGACAUGGAUGGCCAGAACGGCUGAGCAGUGUACCAGCUACAGUGAAGCAGUUCUUCCCAUUCCGAGAUGAGCUUUCCGUGGAAGAUGGAAUAAUAAUGAAAGGGACAAGAGCAGUCAUUCCACAAAAGCUCCACAAAAAAUACCUCACACUGCUACACAAAGGCCAUCCUGGUGCAGAGGCCACCAAGCGACGAGCACGCAAUGUGGUGUUUUGGUCGACAAUGACAAAAGACAUUGAUAACUUCGUACAGUCAUGUAGCACAUGCAAUGCCUUGAAAUCUCAUCAGCCAAAGGAGCCAUUGCAACUACAUGCGGUCCCAGAGCUCCCCUGGUCAACAGUAGCAACAGAUCUAUUUGAAUGGAACAGCAAUCACUACCUCGUCCUAGUUGACUCAUAUACAGGAUGGUUUGAGAUGGACCAACUAAAGAACAUCACGUCACAGUGUGUGAUUAACAAGCUGUGUUAUGGACUGAAUUAGUGUUGCCCUCAUUUAUAUCCUGCACCCCGGAACCUUUGUGCUUAUACCAGGGUACCCCGCCGGGUGGUUCUAGGGAUUGCUCUGCACCUGUCGUUCUCGUGUAUACUUUGGCUGUUAUGCUGUGAGCAUGGUUUCAGUAAAGACGUUAAACUGAGUUACAUGUGUGCGUGCAUUAUUGCCCUCGGGUUACCACACUUUUGGCGACGAGGAUUAAAACAUCGAUGACGGAGAACCGGGUAGUUAGUGUCGAAGAAAAAGUUUCCGUGUAACUUUCGAUAGCAGCAUGGCUACGGCCACGGUCGGCACGCUCAGUGAAUUCGUCCAGCUGGAUGGUGACUGGAUUGAAUAUGUCGAGAGACUUGAACACUUUUUCCUGGCGAAUAACAUUGAGGGGGGGGAAAGGAAAAGAUUGAUUCUCCUGAGUGCGUGCGGUGCCAAGACGUACAAGUUGAUACGCAACUUAGCAACGCCACGGAAGCCAGGCAAACAAUCAUUCGAAGAGUUGGUGAAGCUGGUGCAAGAGCAUCACAACCCCAAGCCGUCAGUGAUUGUUCAGAGCUUCAAGUUCCACACGCAUUCACGCAAAGCUGGAGUUUCAGUUGCUGCAUUCGUGGCGGAGCUGUCGGAAUAUUGUGAGUUUGGACCGGUGCUUGACGACAUGCUACGGGACUGUGGUAUCAACAAUGACAGCAAUCAGCGCCGAUUGCUAGGUGAAGUCACGCUAACUUUCAAGAAAGCGCUGGAGAUUGCUCAUGCAAUGGAAACGGCAGCUAUCAACUCUAAAGACAUUCAAGCAGCUAACGCCAGUGUACCACAGGGCGCCGUUCACCGUCUGUUUAAAGAAGGGAGGGGCAAGCCGAUGACGUCAGUUGAGUGUUACAGGUGUGGGGGAGCGCAUCUUGCUAAUGACUGUGGUUUUAAAGAUGCCGCUUGCCACAACUGCCAGAAAAAGGGGCACAUAGCCAAGAAGUGCAGAGGUGCUAAAAAGCCAUGGGAAAAGGAGUGGGAGUCAAAACCCCAAAUGAAAACGCAUCAUGUGCAAAGUGAAGAGCCGGAGGAGCAGUUUAAAACGCAGUAAAUGUGUUUUCCAGGCUCCAAGUGUCACCUACCUGGGUCACAGGAUUUCCGCUCAGGGUCUUUCCCCCAUGAUAGAGAAGGUGAGGGCGAUAAAGGAGGCUCCUUCUCCAAAGAAUGUGGCAGAGCUCAGGUCAUUCUUGGGCUUAGUGAACUAUUAUGGGAAGUUCUUGCCUGAACUCUCCACUGUGCUCGCCCCCCUGUAUCAGCUGCUGCACAAAGACUGUUCCUGGAAUUGGCAACAAGCUCAAGAGACAGCUUUCCAGCAGGUAAAAUAACUGUUGCACUCAGCAACGCUACUCGUGCACUUUGACCCAGACAAAGAAGUUGUCUUAUCCUGUGAUGCAUCACCCUACAGCGUGGGGGCGGUUCUUUCGCACUGUAUGGAGGACGGAGAUGAAAAGCCUAUUGGGUACGUGUCUCGCACUCUCACAUCAGCAGAAAAGGGUUACUCUCAGCUAGAGAAAGAGGGGCUAGCUGUAGUAUUUGCUGUGAAACGGUUCCACCAGUACCUGUAUGGUCGCCCAUUUACCAUUUUUACCGACCAUAAGCCCUUGCUGGGCCUGUUUAGUGAGACUAAGGGUAUUUCACCCAUGGCGUCAGCAAGAGUGCAGCGCUGGGCAUUAACUUUGUCAGCGUAUCAGUAUCACAUUGUGUUUAAAGCAGGAAGUGAAAAUGCAAAUGCAGACGCGUUCAGCCGUCUUCCCCUCCCAGAGUCACCGAGCCAAACUAACCUUCUUCCAGUGACUGUGUUUUUGUUAGACAGGCUGUCUGACUCUCCGGUGACAGCAAAGCAAAUCAAACUGUGGACUGAAAGAGACCCGGUGCUGUCACAAGUAAAGAGAUGGCUGUUGCAGGGCUGGCCAGUAACAGUUCAGCUGGAGGAGCUCAAGCCCUAUGUCAAGCGUCAGCUGGAGCUAAGUGUGCUUGAUGGCUGUAUCCUCUGGGGCUUCAGGGUGAUUAUUCCACCUGCAGGACGGGCUCAGAUAACGGAAGUGCUGCAUGAAGCUCACCCCGGGGGGUCGAGGAUGAAGAGCCUCGCCAGGUCGUUUGUGUGGUGGCCUGGGAUGGACAGUGCUUUGGAAGAAAAGGUAAAAGCAUGUUCACAGUGUCAAAGUAACCAGAAGAUGCCCGCACCUGCACCUCUCCACCCAUGGGAGUGGCCGGCACGUCCGUGUCCAGGCUCCACCUGGAUUUCGCUGGUCCGUUUAUGGGUCACAUGUUCCUGGUGCUGAUGGACGCUCAGUCAAAGUGGAUGGAAGCACACAUCAUGUCAAAUAUCACAGCCCCAGUUACCACUGACACGCUCAGAAGCAUCUUUGCCACCCACGGGCUACCAGAUACGGUUAUCAGUGACAACGGGCCCACUUUCACCAGUGAAGUUUUCAAAGAGUUUGUUGAGAAAAAUGGAAUCCGACAUAUCCUGAUUGCACCAUACCAUCCUGCUUCCAACGGUUUAGCAGAACGUGCUGUUGAGACACUGAAAGAUGGACUGCGGAAAAUGACAGGGCACACGCUGGAGACUAAGCUGGCCCGUUUCUUAUUCCAGUAUCGGAUUACUCCACACACAAACACAGGUUUUCCUGCAGCAGAGAUGUUGCUGGGGAGAAAGCCCAAAUCUCAUCUGGACCUCCUUCGCCCGGAUGUAGGAGCAAAAGAUGCCCGAUCACAGGAGAACCAAAAAGUGAGACGGGACCAACACGCAAGAUAGCGGUUUUUACAGCAGGGGGACUGUGUGUAUGUCAAGAACUUUGCCAGUGGCUCAAAGUGGCUGCCAGGAGUUAUUCACCGCCAGUCUCGUCCAGUUUCUUUUGUGGUUGACUUGUUGGAUGGCAGGUAGGUUCGCAGGCACCAAGAUCACGUGCGUGUUCGCACCGAUUCAGAGGAGAAGGGGUCUCAGAGUGUUUCGCACAAGGACAGUGUGAGCAGCUCUAUGGAAUUUGUUGCACCUGUGUGCAUUGAUGGACUGUUGGGGCCCCCGGAUGGACUGUCUGAGCAAACUGCCUCCCCUGCCCCUGCCGCUGCCCCAAUUCCUCCCAUUGCAGCACAGUCUGUAACCCAGUCUAUGGACUCUACUGUUGCACUGAGAAGGUCAGAGCGGCAACACAAGCCUCCAGAGAGGCUGAACUGUUAAACUAAAAAAAAACAUUUCUUUGAGAUCGUUUUAUGCUUUGUUUACAUUUUUAUAAUUUAUCUACCACAUUUAUUCAUUAUUAGUCACAGGAUAUGUCUAGCUUGUGUGGGGGCUGAUGCACGGAGCUGAGUGGAGAAAGAUAUCCUGGAUUGUGUGUGACGCCCGUGUUUUUUUUUUGUCCCCUUUAAAAUAAAUAAACCUCCAUAACUCGACUCCUGUGUGUGCCUCACUCUACGAAUACAAGGGACAACGCAGAAACCCAUCGGUUACACAUACAUACAUGCAUACAAACAUACAUGCAUACAUACAUAUAAUGUGUGUAUACAUACAUACAUACAUACAUACAUACAUACAUACAUACAUACAUACAUACAUACAUACAUACAUACAUAUUUAAUGUACAGUAUAAUUGUUUUAUCGCAAACAUUUAUUUUCCAAAUAUUAAAGGAGCAUUUCACCGGUGGAGGCAUGAAUAUGUAUUAAAAUUGGGUCCUAUAUGUAGGCGAAUAAUAAAAUAAAAUUCUUAUUCGGUGCCUUCUUGACCGAGAAAAGGCAGAAAGUGACUUUUAGGCGCUUGUGGACUGUAAACAACAACUCCCACCAUGCACCACGAUGCACAGCUUCGCUGGCCACUCCCGCUGAUCUAGAUCUCCGCCUAUCGGACACCUCGCUGUUCCAUCUACCAAGCUGAUACCGCAAGACUGCUUGAAUAUCAUUUCACUCACCAUUUCUAGUGAAGAGUACUAGUUGGUGAAAACGAUCAGAUUUCGUUUUAUGCGGUUCAGGGAUAUCUCCGUAAAGACGGAGUCAUUUCGUAACCGCAUCGAGCUGUAGAAACGCUGUAGUAAAUAUUCAAGGCGCUGGUUCUCCACAGAAACAAGUGGAGCGCAUCAAGCCUGCGCGCUGUAUACAAACAUUCAGUCACGAGGAGAUUCAACCUUUUAAAUUGAGCAGAAAUACUUUUUAAUGAAUAGUUAGUAAUUACAUUCAUCAAGGGGCUUUAUUUAAAGCUACAAAAAGAAUACAAAUAAAAUAAUAAAUAAAAAAUUCAACACAACCCUGACGUCUCCAGCUGGUGGGGGGCUAAUGCCAUCAAGCGUUUCAGACAUCGACACGAAUCCUAACACGAAACUGCAUAGAUCCGGAUAGAUUUGAAACCACCUCCGAGGGUGGUUUCAGAAAUGUGCGGUUUCGGGCACCGGAUUCGCCGGCUCCGUCUGGACGGUCGGCCGAACGGACAAGACUUAUGCAAUGUUGAGUUAUGCACUAACGUUUGAAUUAGCGGUAUCAGACUGUGUUUCUUUUACGUGUUUACAACUGAACAAGACUGGGAGAUAUUGUUAAUAUGCACAUUAACGUUUGAACAUCGUUACCAUGGGAGUGAACGGAGUUGUCAGAACGCUUAAUAAAGUUUGACUUUAUCUGACUGUUUUGUUGACAUUCCCUUUAGCACAGCUCCAUCUAGUCAAUGCAUAACGCAA